ACACAGACACAAUUUGCUAUUCAUUUGGACUUAGUUUUACUAUUCAUCUGACAAUUUACUAUUUGGAGCUAGAGAAGCUGUGUGUGGCUGGCUGACAAUUUCUCUGUCUCCCUAUGCUGGUCAUAGAGACCCUUGAAGAGAUUGUGGGCCAUUCAUGGAAACAAUGGACAAACGAGGAAUCCAAGGAGACCCAGAUCCGCAAGAUCCGCUGGAGAGGACACACAGAGGGGCAAAGAGAUCGAUCGAUGGGAAGUUGAUUGUUAAUCCUGAUGGUUUAAGAAACCAGCGGAACUCAGAACAAGUAAAUGUCUGCUUUGUGUGCUCUCGAAAGGAUUAUGAGUCCCAGAUUUGCUGGUGUUUGUUGGGAAAACCACCAAGGCCGUUGGUUACCUGGAUUGCAAUUCGUGAUUCGCUGGUCGACGUUAUCGCAAUGGUGAAAGCAGCUUGGACUGCAGUUAUUGUUGGAUGAUGGAUUUUGCCUCUGAGGGAACCUUCUGCUGUAAUGUGUGAUGAUCUGUUGAUGUUUCCUUCUUUUUUCAUGGUCAACGAGUUUGUUUUGGCAUUUACGUAAACUAUUUCUACCAUUUUUGUUUCAGCCUAUUACGAAGAGCAAAUGUGGCCACCUGAUGGUUCAAUCGUAAAUCGGAACUUCCAAAAGAUCACUUAGUGAUGAUGUUAGCAUAUUAGUUAGUCACCUAAUUUAGGACAUGUAAACUCAUGGGUGUUCUGUAUUAUUUCCUAUUAUGUUAAACCUUGAUAUAAUGUUAACCCAUGGAGUGUAAUGCUGCUAUCUAAUGAAAGAUGUCCCAAAAU